CUACGAGGGUUUGCAGAAUGGCUGCCAGCCAGUGCUUCGGGGCUCGGCCAAGGGCAGAGGAGAAAUGAAAAGAUUAAUUUAGCAAAUACUGUUAUGCUGCACUUAAUGAAGGGCCCAGGAGAGACCUGGACAUCCAUGGCCAUCCUUUUGUGUCUGCUCUGCUAACUGGGGGACAGGUGAGGCAUCAGUGCUCAGUGGGCUGCUGUGGAGGCUCCCCUGGCCAGGACAAAGGGGUAGCCAGCUUGUGGCACUGGGUUGCCCCACAGGCAGCUGCCAGUCCUUUGCAGAGGUUGGAAGCUGGAAAGUGCCAGGUGUGGGUGGCAGGAGCGUUCCUGCCUGACCCAUCCUUGAGGGACUCGGGGUGCAGUGGUCAUGCACGGCCUUGCCUCAGCACCUGGAAUAAUGGAUGUAGUUCCCCCCACAACCUUCCAUAGCAGGCCACCAUAGUUGGGGACAGCAGGGACUUUGUCAAUGUGCACACUCUCUGGUGCCACCCCACUGGCAGCCAUGCCCUGUAAUGCAGCAGUGGCAGUGGGCAAGAGCCAUGAGUGAGGGACUCUGAUCCCUUCGUUUGGGCUUUUAGGGAAAGAGGCUGAAGGCUGUGAUGUCUGGAAAGUGUUGGAGGGUUUACUUCUGGUGACAGGGAGACACUGAGAUGAAGGGGUUUGCUUUUGGAGGGGUUGAGAGGGAGGCAAAGGGUGGUGUUGAGGCACAGGGACACAGCCAUGGAGCUUUGGUUGCAUGGGAGGGAUGUGUACCAGUGCUGGGGGUCUGUGAGCAGCUGGUGAGGCCUGGGCACGGCCAGGCAGCCCAGGACUAGAAGUCCAUGUACCAGAGGCUGUGGCAGCAGCGCCUGAGCAGGGACCUGUGCCCUGUCCAACGCAGCUGGUGUUCAGGGACACCGGGGUGUCUGUGACCUCACUGCGGAGCCUUCGCCAGGGUGCACCAUGCGGUGCUGGCUCCUGCUGCUUGCCCUGCUACUGGGGGUUGCCCUGCCACAGCCCCUGCCACAGAGAGGCAGCUACUCAGUUCCUGAGGACUUCUCUGCUCCCUUGGAGCUUCCACAGCAACACUUUGGCCUGGUGGACGAUUAUGGCAUCAAGCCCAAGCAGCCUCGCUUGAGGACCAAGGUGGCCUGGGAGCGACCAGUGGGGCUGCACAGAGCUGGCAAAAGCAAACGCGAUGAGCUUGAUUUGCUGGAAUACUACUACGAUGCCCGCCUGUGAGACACUGUGUCCCUGUGCCCACCGCAGCCUGGCCUCGGGGACCACCCCAGACAGCUGCAGGACAGCGACCAAACCCAAGAAACUCCAGCUCUUCUUGGGUCCCAAGGGAAGGAGCAAGCUAGGGCCCAAACCCACUGCAAUGGGACAAAAGCACAGCAGCCAUGCUCCAUGAACCAUCAUAUUUAAUAGUUGUUGCCAUCACAGCAGAUCCAGCUGAAGCACAGAGACUGCUGGCCACAGGGACCAGGAGACUCUUCUGCCUUGAACUGGCUCCCUGCAGGCUGUAGCCCUUCCCUGCC